UGGAGCAUCUGCCGCGCGAACUGCAAAUACACGGAGCAGCUUUCUGCAGGGGAAUAGGGGAACAGAAAUCGGCACCGAAAGACUGCUUUUAUAAAGACACGUCUCUCUCGUGGACAGCUCCGGUGGAAGAAAGUAACAUGCCAAAAAUUACUCUAAAAGGCAUCGCCGUGGAUUUUCCUUUCACUCCCUAUAAAUGUCAAGAGGAUUACAUGAACAAAGUUAUUGAAUGCCUGCAAAACAGGGUAAAUGGCGUUCUGGAGAGCCCGACUGGCACAGGGAAGACUCUGUGCCUGCUGUGCGCCUCGCUGGCUUGGAGAGAUCACUUCAAAGACACUAUUUCCGCCAGGAAGAUAGCCGAGAAAAUGGGCGGUGUGGAGCUCUUUCCUGACAGGCCUCUGUCUUCAUGGGGCUCUUCUGCUACAGAUGGAGACACACCUGCUUAUUACACAGAUAUUCCGAAGAUUAUUUAUUCAUCCAGGACACAUUCCCAGCUAACCCAGGUCAUCGGUGAGCUAAAGAACACUGCAUACAGGCCUAAAGUGUGUGUACUGGGAUCCAGGGAGCAGCUGUGCAUCAACCCCGACGUGAUGAGACAGGAAAGUAACCACAUUAAGGUACACAUGUGCCGAGCCAAGAUGUCAACUCGCUCCUGUCUAUUCUACAACAAUGUUGAAGAAAAGAGCAACGAAAAGGAGCUUGUGAACACUAUUUUGGAUGUGGAAGAUUUAGUGAAAAGUGGCAACAAACACAGGGUCUGUCCGUAUUACUUAUCCCGCUCCCUGAAGCAGCAGGCUGACAUUAUCUUCACACCCUACAACUAUCUCCUCGACCCAAAGAGUCGAAGGGCACACAAUAUUGAUCUGAAGGGUGCUGUGGUUAUUUUUGAUGAAGCCCACAAUGUGGAGAAAAUGUGCGAAGAGUCUACCUCGUUUGAUCUGACUCCGUAUGACCUUGCCACGGGGAUUGAGGCUGUGAAUCAGGUCCUGGUGGAGCAAGCCAGCCAGGCCGGCCAGAACGAUGUGAAUGAGGACUUCAACGUGGAAACUCUCAAUUCAGGGUUAAAAAUGGACAUAGCCAUUAUUGCCAAAAUCAAAAGAAUUCUUCUUGACCUUGAAGCUGCUAUUGACUCCUUUGAGAUACCGGCCGAUGGCAAGGGUGUAACUAAACCAGGAAGCUUUAUUUAUGAGCUGUUCAGGAAGGUGCACCUGACAUUUGAGACAAAAUCUUCUGUCCUGGAAGCACUGGAGCAGAUAACUGGGUUUUUAGCUGGACGACCUGGUGUGUUUAUUAACACGGCAGGGCUCCAAAAGCUCUCGGACAUCAUCCAGAUUGUGUUCAGUGUGGAUCCACCAGAGGGCGCACCGGGAUUUGACAUGGAGCAGAGCAUCGCAAAACACUACAAGGUGCAUAUCCAUCGAGACACGAGCAGUCACAAAAAGAAACAGAGCACGGAUAUAUGGUCAUCGUCAUCCUCCAAAAAACAAGGGAAUGUUCUGAGCUACUGGUGCUUCUCCCCUGGAUUCAGCAUGCAGGAGCUGCUGCAUCAGGGCGUGCGCUGCAUCAUCCUCACCAGUGGGACCCUCUCCCCGCUGUCCUCCUUCACCUCAGAAAUGCAAAUUCUCCAUUUAGAGCGCUCUAGUGCGCGUCCAGUACGUCCCUGCACAAACGGCGACAGCAUACGCGGUAGGCACCCCCCAGAUCCACAGCGCUCUUUUGCUCAGGUCUCUCUGUUUGGCUCCCAGGCCAGCGAGGGGCUGGACUUCUCCGACUCGAACGGCAGAGGGGUCAUCAUCACCGGCCUGCCCUUCCCCCCUCGUAUGGACCCGCGGGUCAUCCUGAAGAUGCAGUUUCUCGACGAGAUGCGGAGGAAAGCGUCUGGUGGGGUGAAGUACCUGUCGGGACAGGAGUGGUACCGGCAGCAGGCAUCCCGGGCUGUCAACCAGGCCAUCGGCAGAGUCAUCAGGCACCGGGAGGAUUAUGGCGCCAUUUUCCUGUGCGACCACAGGUUUAUGUCCGCCGACGCGCGGUCGCAGUUACCCUCCUGGGUCCGCCCCUACGUCCGAGUGUACGACAACUUCGGACACGUGAUACGAGACGUGGCGCAGUUUUUCAGAGUGGCUCAGAAGAUCGUGCCUCCUCCCAAAGGAAAGGCGUCCUUGUCCAAGUGUGCGGCAGUGUGUUCUUCGAGGGACACGUCCAGCAGCUGCGCAGCCUCUGCCUCACCGUUGUCAGCCCGGGGCCUCUCGGUGCAGAAAGCCAAGGCCUUAGACGCACACGUCCCGAGUCUUAAAAAGAGACGGCUUGAUGAUCCCGCGGCACAAGACGGCCUUUCGAGGCUGUGCAUCGAGUACGAGAGCGAGAUGGAGUCGGGGCGCAGGAAGCCAGCGAGCCUGUUAGACGCCCUAGAUCAUAAUGAGAGGAAGAGAGGGGAGGAAGAGGAGCACCUGGUGGGAGAGGAAAAGGCCAGCCGGUUGUCAACGUUGUCCCUUCAGCAUGACAAGCGAUUAGAGGACGAGCUGCGAGGAGGGAAGAGAAGGAUUAAAGUCGUCCAGGACAGGGACCGAAGCGGCUCUCUGAGCGCCUCGGAGCAGACCAAGGCGGACAAGGCCAAGGCCUUCAUGGCCGGCGUGCGGCAGGCCCUGAGCCAGGCGAGCUACGAGCGCUUCACCAAGGCCAUGCAGCAGUACAAGAGAGCCGACGACCUGGGCGCCGUGCUGGCCGAGCUCGCCGAGCUCUUCGCGGGGGAUUCCAACAAGCAUCACUUACUCAGAGAUUUCUAUCAGUUUGUUCGGCCCCACCAUAAAAGGGGGUUUGACGAGGCCUGCCAGGAGCUGACGGGCAAGGGAUGUGGCUUCAAACCCGAGCACACUCUCUCGAAGGAAGAAAAGGAGAAGUUGUUGCUGCAGACAGCCAAGGAGGACAAAACUCAAGAAGCCGAGCGGUGCGCAGCUCCUGGCGAGUCUGACGCCUCGACGCAGCUGAACGCGAGCCUGCAGCUGAACCGUGGGGGCUCUCAUCUCCACACGGGGGGCUUGAGCCAGGAUCCCCACCCAUCCCAUCAGAUGGUUCCUAAAGACAAACCUCAGAAUCUGUCGGCCCACAAAAACCAGGUUCUCUCAACCUACCUGAGCGAUGUGAAAAAGGCCAUUGGCCCAGCUAAAUACAGCCAGUUCCAUGAGGCAAUACAGCAUUACAAAAAGACUGAUCACUAUGACAGCAUGGUUUCUACGGUGGUGGGCCUCUUCACUGAAAAACCAGAAGACUUCCACCUUCUGAGAACAUUUGCCAUGUUUGUUCGCCCUCAACACAAGCAGCAGUUUCUGCAGAUGUUUAAAGAGCUGUCUGGGGAGGAGAAGCAGUCAUCUGUUAAUGAGAAUUUGAAGGCUGAACAGGCUGGCGCAAGCCUUGAGCUUCCAGUGUCAAAAGCUAACACUUCUGGAAAAGGACAAAGCAAGAUCUCAUCUUUCUUCUCCAGCAGCCUGCAAGUGAACUGUAAGUUAGAGAGCAGCCCAGUCAAUGGACAGAGCAGCAGCUGACUCCUUUCUGUGAAACACAGACUUUUUGUUUCUCAAGCCUGGCUGCUUCUAAAAACUCAUCUGAAAGUGAUCUGAGAGAUUUUACACUGUGAUGUGAACUGCCUUUGAGACCAGUAAUUGCCAGUGAUUUCAGUAAUAUAACCCUCGCACUGUCUGUUUUUUUUACUUUUCCUUAUUUCAUCUGUGGUCUAGCCUACUUAGACUUUGGUCUUCUUUACUCUAGUCUGAAUCUUUGCACUGUCCCUCCUGAACCUUAAACAUGAUUUCAGAUCUCCCUCUGCCUACUGUUUCCUCAUACCGAGAGCUCUUCCUGAUGUAAACCCUCCUUUGAUUGGUUGUGUAUUGACCCCCUUCAAUCCAUGAAAUCAAACCCAGGACAUCUGUCCUUUCCUUGGCACUGCAGAGUUAAACAAUGGAAUUGCACAACUGGACUGACCUCACAGGGUUGUAAGCAACCAGUAUAAUCCUCAUGAUCUGGAUAAGGUUCUUCAUUGUCUCUUAAGGAUUAAACUAAACAAAACUAAAAACAGGUGACCAGUCAGCCUUUCUAACAGAACUGCUAUUGUGUAAAUGCCACGCUUGGUCAUCAGGAACUUCUACCAGGAGAAAUGUUCCUGUCUUAUUGAUGCAGAGUCAUGCUCUAGAAACAUUUGCUUUUUCCAUAUUCAGCUGAGUCACACGCCGUGUACAGUUCUCAGGUGCUUUUGAACUCAUAGGCUGGAGUAUCCCUGAGUUUGUUGCAGUGUUUCAAAACAACUGUAAUGGUACAUUUGUUCGAACUCUUCUUCUAUUACUUUAUUUAACUUUUACUUGCAUUUUUGUCUGACAGUUUAACUAAAAUUAAAAAAAGGAAACUAAAUAUCCUUGAAAGAGUGAAAAACAGGUUUGGAAUGAAGUAAUUUGCUUCAUAUGCCUGCCUCAUAAUGUAAGAAUGUUGUGUAAUAAUGAGCAUUUAAUGAAAAGCUUGUAUGUACUUGGUAAAUAAUUAUUUUUUAUAUUUCAUAUUAAAGACAAGUCCUUUUCAGGUG